AUGCCCAACGCAGCUCCGUGGAGUCACGAAGAGGACAUCCGCCUCUGCAGAGCCUACACCAACAUUUCAGAGGAUGACUGCAUCAGCACCGACCAGGACGUGACACAUUUUUGGGACCGAAUUCAUCAGACGUACACUCAGCUAGGAGAAGACUACAAGAAAACAAGGGUCUGCAAAGCCGAUGGUCGCUCCCUGACGUUGCCCUAUAAUCCUCCUGCGUGGCCGUGGUUCAACCUGAAGCACACAGUGGCUGGACAGACAAAGAAUAUUCGGUUAGCUGCCAUUAGCUUUACAGCAAAGCGAGAGCAAUUAAAUGCUAAUGCAUUAUGCGAACAUGAGGAAGCUGUGAAGUCUGGUCGUGCCAAAAGCAAGAGAAACCCGUGA